AGGAAGUUUUCUCCUUUUCUUCUUUCUAUAGAAGCCCGAUCGCCCGAGACUUCCGACGUACCAUCUCCUCCAGGUCGAAGAGUCAACAACAUUCGGCACAAGUACCGAGGUAAAGUACCUCAGCAAUUUUCCCAACUCCGUUGAUCGUGCGCGAAGCGAGCAGCCAAAUGGAUGCACGGAAUGAUGUGAAUGGGGGAGAAUUCAGCUGGACAAUCGGCGGCUUCACUAGGAAUGCCCGGAGGCUUGACUCUGUUGCAUUCACGGUUUCUGGUUGUAAAUGGAGAAUUCUGGUAUUCCCCAAGGGGAACAGCACGGACCAUUUGUCGAUUUUCCUCGAUGUUGCUGAUUCCGCAACGUUGCCGAACGGGUGCACCGGAGAUGCCAAGUUUGGCUUGAGUGUGAUCGAUCAAAUCAAUAAUGUUCGCUCUAUUACAAAGGGGACGCAGUAUGUUUUCACUGCGAGACAGAGUAACUGGGGUUACAAACAUUUCAUUCCAUUGACUGAGCUUCACAAUAGUACUGGGGGAUAUCUAGCAAAUGACACUUUGGUGAUUAAAGCCGAAGUUUGCGUACAAGCAGUUACUCCUCUGGUGAACAUUCAUCCAGCUGGACCAACUGAUAAGUUUGACUCCUAUUUUACUAGUCUAAAGGGACUUAUCAAUGCUGCUGAGACUGAUGGUGUUAGUGAAGGAUCAAGUUCAUGCCACCAAGAUGGUGCUUUGACAGUCGAAAUUCCUAGCUUAGAAGAAAUUGAGGAGGCUAAGCAUUCUUUGAAGGAAUGUCUUUCAGAUCUCUUUAAGUUGAAUAUGAAGGAGAGACUAUUUGAGGCACUAUCAACUUUAAGCACAGCCAGAACUAGAUUAUCGUUGGAGCAAGAAAUAGCCGUUGAGACAUUUCAGGCCAAUUUCAACGAUUUCACUUCCGAUUUCUUAACAUUUGAACAGGACAAUGCUGAGUUUGAGCUACAUAAACUACAAAGGGAUGAAAAAUUCUCUACUAUGAAGAAGAGCCAAGAGACUCACAUCUUUUAUAAGCAAUUAAUGGACGACCUCGCAGAUGACGAGGAAGAGCUCAAGAGAAAGAUGGAUGAAGUGAAGUCUAGGAGAGAGAAGCUUCUCUCGGACUGGGAGAUCUUGCUAGUUGAGUCCGAAGAAGCGAAGUUGGGCUAUAAGGAUGAGCAGAAGAAAGUAGUAGAGGCUGAGGAAAAAAAGAGAAUAGCCGAGGAAAGAAUGUCUAGAUCAACUUCUGCUUGGUCAAAUUUGAAGGCUCAAUUCUGUUAAUACCUUAAAGGUUUCAAAUAGGCUAUGAAGCAAGUGUUCACUUAUAGUUGAAAGCUGCGUUUUAGCUUGACUAUUGGUUGGCCAAUUUUCAGCAGGACAAUUGCUUAGAGGGGCUUAUGCGGUUGAUCCUACAUCAUGUUAAUUUAGUCAGCAUGUGAGUGAAAAAUAUCAUACAGUCAGUGUUUGAGUUUGGAAUGAAAUAAAACCAGGAUACUGUCCAAUGGUUAGAAGUGUUCAUACAA